GUGAAGCUCUAGAAGUAUACGACCUCACUAAGUCCAUAAAAAUGUUUGCACUAAAACAACAUGAUGACGGUACAAAAGAAGAUGAACCCCUGGACCCAUGAAGAAUUUAAUAAAACAUGUUAAACAAAAGUUUGAUUUUAUUAUUAUUGUUGCUUCACCCCGUAUAACUGAUUAAUAAUAUAAAAGAGCUGAUGUUGCAAUCAAUCACGAUUGAUAUGACGUUGUUAUUUUUAAACAGAAUUCCAGAAUGCUCGGAUUAAUGUGAACGUUGUGCGAUAAUUCAAGCUAGGCGUGAUCCAUAAUUUAUAUUUGUUAAGUAAACUGUGAAGAAUGAAGGGAGUUUCGAUAUUUCUUGUAUGUCUCUUAGGUCUAUCUAUUAUCAGCACCUCACAACAAUCCGCCAUUGCUAGUCAAUGUUUUGGUCAAAUAUGCCCCAGAGGAACCACAAACUGCAAACAACACAAGGAAUCGAGCGCAGACAGGUCAAGGAUUGAAAUAACCGUUACCUGUUUGGAUGAAUUUGAUGGAGAACUCAAGUCGUUUUACUACCAAGAGCCCAGCUAUCUAGACCCGCACACUUAUUACAAGAACACCAAAUACGAAACCGUUUAUGAUAACUAUUUACCUUAAGUUAAGAAUACUGAUGAAUAAUUAAAUUGACCAAUGGUUGUUAAGUGCUCAUUUAUUUUAUAAAAGUUAUACAGCAGUGUAUUAUUGAUUAUUUAUCUCCCAUAAGUCAAUAAUCAUAUGAAAAAAAUUGCAGUUUAUGAAGUGAUACCUCACGAUCAAUUUGUAUCAAAGCCUUCGAGAACAUGUGUAAAUUAGGCCUUUAUUAAUAACUCAUUGCGAUUUAAUUUACCCAAAACCAUUUAAUCAUAACUUUGGUCCUCACCCUUCUUUAUCAUUAGUAGACUGAACAAACGAAUUGAAAAUACCAUUAUUUUAUUGACAUGUUGACAAAUGUCAACAUUAGUCAGACAGCUCAUAUGUUUUAUGUCACUGUCAAGUGAUGUUAACAAACAAUAAUAAAUAAAUUAUAACAGAAAUUAGGAAAUUGAGUUGGUUUUCCAUUAAAAUUGAGGCAAUUAAAUAACGUCAGGGUCAAGACGUCACUUGCAAGGAACCACAUUAGUUAAGACUAACAAAAAACGUAAAAUUUAUCGGAAAUCUUCAAAGGAGCAUGGAAAAUUUAAGAUUAUAUCUUGUUACUUACAAUGUCGGGACAAGCAACCCAGAACAAAGACUCAUGGAUUUCUUAUCAAUAACCAACCAAAAAAAUGAAAAACUUCCCGAUUUCUUCUCUGUCGGUUUACAAGAAGUCAAGUCACAGCCUCAAAAUAUGCUAAUGGACACGUUUUUUGAGGACUCCUGGACAGCUGCUAUUCGGGAGAUAUUAGAUGCCAGAGGAUACAUAAAACUGAAAUCGAUCCGGUUACAGGGUUUGUUGCUCUCGGUUUUCACCCUUAAGAAGCACUUGCUAAACAUUAGGGAGAUUGAGUCUGAAUAUACAAGAACUGGAUUUGCGGGCAUGUGGGGUAACAAAGGGGCUGUUAGUAUUCGCCUUAGCAUUUACGGGUGCUCAUUGUGUUUUGUUAAUUCCCACCUGAGUGCUCACGAUAACCAACUCAAAGACAGAAUAGAGGAUUAUAACAAUAUCAUUAAAUAUCAGGAGUUUCAUGUCGAGGAAACUUCGAAGAUUUUUUACCAUGACUAUGUCUUUUGGAUGGGUGAUCUGAACUUUCGACUGUCAGAAGAUUACGACAGGACCCCCGAAGAGAUUGAGCGUAGCAUUUUAAAAAAAGACUUAAAAACGUUGUUGGAACAGGAUCAACUGAAAUACGUAAUGCGAAAAGGCGAAGCUUUCAGUGAAUUCUCUGAGAAAGACCCGGAAUUUCCACCAACGUUUAAGUUUGAUGUUGGAACUAACGCAUACGAUUACAAGAGAAGACCCGCAUGGUGCGACAGGAUUUUAUACUGUGUUAAUUCCAAUAACUAUGAGAAUGUCACUCUAAAGGUAGAACAACUUUCAUAUAAGUCUCAUCCGUCCUAUGUAUUAAGUGAUCACAAGCCAGUCAGCGCAGAAUUUGUUAUUAAGAUACCACAUCCAGGUCUUAGAAGGACAACGCUGAUGUCUAAUGAAACCGUUUCCGAUCAGGUGUUUUCAGAUUACUCGGAGCAGGUGGUGCAAUUCGACAAGAUCACCAGUUGGGAAGAGGGCGAGAUUAACAAGGCUUGCUAUAGGAUCACUAAAGAAAUCCCGACGAAAAAUGAUUGGAUCGGGCUAUUCAAGGAAAAUUUUGCCUCUUUAGACGAGUACGUCGCGUACCAAUAUAUUAACGAAUGCUCGGUGGCUUUGGAUGCGGGUCCUCCGACCAUGGACAGACCUCAGAGGUGUGAACUUAUGCUUCCGAACAUCUGGAGUAGGUGCCGGGGGAAUUAUUGUCUAGUAUAUUUUAGUCAAUGUGAAGAUAAGGUGGUAAGCGUCUUGGGCAUCAGCGACCCAUUUCCCAUAGUAAAAACGCAGAGCGACUGACUAAGCUCCUCAACUAUAAUGCGACGUUAAUUUAUUGUGAUUAAAUUGAUAGUUGGCUCACAGUGUUGUCCAGUACAAAUAUAGCUAACGUUUUAGUAUAUUUUAGAGCGGUUGCGUCUUUAGUUACUCUUAAUAAAUCCAGAUUAUAUUUAUCUGAUUCAAUGAGGAUUUUGAGUUCUUUCAGGUAGUUGGAGUGAUUUUUGUGUUUCUUGCAGGCAACUAAAGUCUUGUUGAGCAUUGCCUUAAGGUUCCUUAAAUUUGAUUAAGCUAGUUGAUUUGAUUCUUUGAAUUCCUGGAAGGUACCCAAGCAACACAUCAUAUAUGAUUAUUAAUUUUUUAGUAAAUUUUUGGUUUUAUAACUCAAAAAUACAAAUUUGCUCAAAACUAAACAAGGAUUUAGGAAAAUUUAUUUUAGAAAAAUGCAGUGGUGUAGUUACACCACCCUAUUUAAACCCAAUACAAUUAUUACAAAUUGUACAUCAAUUUUAAUGCAUUCUAAGACGUAUUUUAGGCAGUUGGAGUAAUUUUCGGCAAUUUUAUCAACUGCCUGAAAAAAAAGAUAAUUUUUAUUAAUAACUAUAUUUUUUUUUUUUAAUUUGUAACUACUAUUUUUAUAAAUAUAAUUUAUAUUAGGUUUUUGUAAAGGUUCUGAAAAACAGUGAUUUUGCAGAAGAAUUUCUUACUGGUAAGCUGUGUGGGGUGGGUGGGGGGUUAAGGGUAGUUUUAAUGAAAAGUCGUUUUUUUGCUUUUUAUUGACAAUAAAAAAAUUGGUAACUUUUGUAUCUACACUUUUCUUACGUAACCUCAAAGUUUUCGAGUAAAAUGUGAAAAACCCCGUUUUUUGUUUAUAAGGUUUUAAACUAGUUUCCUAUAAUUAAAUUCUUCAACGUAUAUCACGCGAAACGGACACAUCGGUUUAUGCAUGUUUAGUUGCAUACCUACCUAUUUCUAAUGCUUACUGUAUAAUUAGUUGACCGUAUAACACGUGGUGGUGUUAGUAUCGGUGCGCCGGCGUUAUCGUUUGGUAUUAGUACACUCAGUGAAAUAUUUGUGGCAAGCAAAGUAAAUAUUUACCUGUUUUAAGAAUUUAUUUAGACUGGCUAUUUUUGAAGAUAUCCGAAAGAUUUUUGUGUUGGUUGUUUGCUUACUAGGUCUAGUUUCACCCAGGUAUGUUGAUCUCAUUUAUAUUUUAAACCAUAAAAGUAAAAAUACGGGUUCACUUUAAAAUAAAUAAAUCCAUGAAUUGGACACCAACGAUAUCCAUGAAAUCCGAUUCAUGGGAACCGGAGUGUCCGAUUCAAGGAAACAAGGAAUACAGUUCUGGGUAAAAUAGUUGACCGAUUUUUUUCUUUUAGGCUUGGCUUAUUAUGUCAAAGCAAACAAGAAAGACUGACGAAGAAAUUCGUGAAGCUGUAGAUGCAGUUGUAAACCAAGAUUUGUCGAUUCGGAGUGCAGCUAAAAACUUCGGCAUUUCAAAGUCUUUAUUAGCUGUACUUGUAAAAAAAGCGAAAAGUGCGCCUGGCAAUGAAUUUGUUUACAACCGCAAUAUUGGAAACAGAAAAACUUUUUCGGCAGAACAGGAACAAUUAUUAGUUUCUUACCUUAAAAAAAUCAAAAUGUGUCAUGGCUUAACUACCACGCAAACAAGAGAACUUGCAUACCAGUUUGCAUUGGCGAACAACAUAAUUAUCUAUUCCACCACAAUGGAAAAAAAAUUCUAAUGCUGGAAUUCACUGGCUUCAUGGGUUUAUGAAAUGCAAUAAGGAUUUGUCGCUCCGUCAGCCAGAAAAUACGUCUUUAAGCAGAGCAUCUAGUUUUAAUAAAUCAAACGUAGGCACCUUUUUUUCCGAAUUAGAAAGGUUGUAUAAGAAAGAUGGGUUUUCAGCUAACAUGAUUUGUAACCUGGAUGAAACCGGUUGUAUGACAGUUACAAAAUCACCAAAAGUUAUAGCAGUUAGAGGUUCCAAACAGGUUAGUUAAAUUGCAUCUGCCGAAAGAGGAACGCUUAUCACCACACUUUUUUUUAUAAAUGCUGCCGGCAGAUCACUGUCACCUGUAUUCGUGUUUUCUUAGGUUUAUUUUAAGGACAUUAUGCUUAAAGAUGCACCGACAGGGUCUAAAGGGUUUGCAAAUCCAUCUGGGUGGAUUACAGAAGAAAUAUUUGUAGAGUCUCUAAAGCAUUUUGUUAACCAUGUUAAACCCACUAGUGAAGAUAAAGCUUUGAUUAUUAUGGAUAACCACAUUACUCAUGUGAAUAUACAAGUAAUUAAUUUUGCAAGGGAAAAUAAUAUAAUCAUUUUAACACUCCCUCCCCACCGCAGUCACCAUAUGCAACCACUUGAUGUGACAGUUUACGGCCCUUUUAAGGCAAGGUACAAAGUGGCAUUAAGUAAUUGGCUUGUCUCAAAUCCUGGCAAAACCGUUAGUCUAUGCGAAGUUGCAGGAUUUGUUAAUGUUGCAUAUAGUGAAUCUUUCAAUAAACAAUAUUUGUAAGAGCUUUCUGAAAACAGGAAUAUAUCCAUUUAAUUCAUCAAUAUUUACUGAAGACGACUUUCUGGCAUUCCAAAUUUUGAUGUGGUAUUAUGUUUAGGAGACUUUAAUAUUAAUUUUUUUGAUUUUAAUAAUGUUGUCCUUAACUGUUUUGACUCAUAUAAUCUUGUUCAGAUACUUAACGAACCAACUCGGAUAACUCAAAAUUCAAGCAAGCUUAUAGAUCCAAUUUUUAUCAGUGAUACCACAUUAGUUGCAUCCUCUGGUACACUCUCUGCCGAUACAAUCUCUGAUCACAGACUCGUUUUUGUUGACUUAAAACUAAAAUCUAAUAAACCUUUAUCAAAACUUGUUACGUAUCGUUGUUUUAAAGGUUUUGUUUUAAAUGAUUUUUUGUCCGAUCUCUACAAUUUGCCUUGGAUGGACAUUGUUUAUGAGAACGAUAUAGACAAAAAAUUACUUCUUUUUACUAAUUUUUUAAACAGACUUUUUGAUAUUCAUGCUCCCUUUAAAGAAUCUAGAGUGACAAAACCUCAUGCUCCGUGGCUAACAGAAAAUUUGAAGGCUGUCAUGAAGGAGCGAGAUAAAGCCUUACAAAAAUUUAAGCGUACUAAAGAACCUCAAGAUUGGGACCGGUACAAAGAACUACGUAAUUUUACAGUUUCUGUACUGAGAUCCGAAAAAAAGGCCUAUCUCAAUUUUAUUUCUAGACAAAAAAACAUAAAAAAAACAUGGUCAGCACUAAGAUCGUUAAAUGUCCUAAGCUCAAGUGAUAGCAAGUUAUCACCUAAUUUAACAGAUCCAAACUUAAUAAACCAGCAUUUUUCUCAAUUUUUUAACAAUAGAUCUAACGACUGUGAUGAAACUAUAGAAUUUUACGAAAACAACAAAUUCAGCGCAUCGAAAAAAUUUAAGCUUUCCAUGUGUUCUAUAGAAGAUGUUCAUAAAAUUAUUCAAAACAUGAAAACUACUGCUUGUGGCACAGAUAAAAUCACAUCAUCUAUGUUAAAAUAUUGCAGUCCAUUUAUUGAUCCUUACAUAACUAAUAUUAUUAACAGUUGCAUAGAACAAAAUUAUUUUCCUCAAAGUUGGAAAACUGCAAUAGGAAUACCUUUACCAAAAUCAAAAAAGCCAGAGACCUUCAAUGACUUACGCAUUAUAGCAAUUUUACCUGCCAUUUCGAAAAUAUUGGAGAAAAUUUUAUACAGCCAGAUGUACUCAUAUUUAAAUGAUAAUGGUAUGAUCUCAGAAUUGCAAAACGGGUUUCGUAAGGGGUAUUCCACAUCCUCCGCCUUGGCUGUGGUAACUGAUGAUAUAAUUGAGGCACUGCAUCAUGGACUUGAAAGUAUUCUUAUACUAUUAGAUUACUCCAAGGCAUUUGACACUAUAAAUCAUCGACUCUUGUUGGCAAAGCUAAGAUAUUACGGUUUCGACGUCGACUCACUGUCACUCAUCGCAUCAUACUUCUCUAACAGAUCACAAAAAGUGUUUGUUAAUGGUGUGUACUCGGAGUCUAGUGCCAUACUAUCAGGAGUACCUGAUGGCUCUAUCCUUGGCCCCCUUUUCUUUAUUAUUUACACUUCUGAACUUAUAAGCUCUCUUCAUGUCGGAAAGAUACAAGCUUUUGCUGACGAUACCCAGUUGUACUAUCACUUCUCUUCAAAAGACUUUGUUACUUGUAACGAAACUAUCAAUCAUGAACUAAACAACCUAAAAGAUCUCUCUAAAAAACAUGGCCUUCAACUAAAUCCAUCUAAAUCAAAACUUAUGCUGUUUGGCAAAAGAAAUCAAAACGAAUAUUUAAAAAAUAAUAUUAAAAUCAAAAUAGAUGACCAAAUAUUACCAUUUUGUAAUUCUGCUCGUAAUCUAGGUGUUAUACUUGAUUGUCAGCUUAAUUUCUCCGAUCAUAUUAAGUUACUUCUACAAAGGUCAUUUACAUCGCUUAAGCAACUAUAUUCCAAUAGAAACCUUUUAGGUACCAAGUUAAUGGCAAUGUUAUAUGAAACUCUUGUACUUUCUCACUUUAACUAUGCUGAUUUUAUUUAUGGCCCUUGUCUUCGUCAAGCGGAACAAUAUCGUAUUCAAAAGGUGCAGAAUACAUGUAUUCGUCUAAUUUUUAAUUUAAGAAAGUCAGAUCACGUAUCACAUAAAAUUAAUGAGUUGAACUGGUUAAAUAUGUCAAAUCGUAGAACUCAACAUUUGGGUCUUUUUAUGCAUGGUUUAAUUACUAAUUCAAAAUUCAUAUCUAAAUCUCUAAAAAAUAAAUUUAAAACCAAUUUGAGCGUCCAUGAUAUAAAUACCAGAAAUAAAUAUAAAUAUAUUAUUCCUCGACAUAAUACAAGAGCAUACAAGAAGUCUUUUACUUAUAAUGCGAUUAAAACAUGUAAUUCCUUGCCAAACAAUGAUUUACUACUUUAUAAUUUUACUAAGUUUAAGUCAGGAUUUAGGUUGUAUUUGUUUAGAGAACAGUUGAGCUCCUAUUUUUUAACUCACUAGUAUGGUGUGCUCCAGAGGUAACAUGAUGGUUGUUUACGAUUGCAUACAGAGGUAUUUGUUUGUGUACAGUCUUGUUUUGGUGCAGGUUGUGAGUUUUAUAUCUCCUCCGUGUUGGGUAUAAGUAUUUUUUUGGUGUGAACAAUUGUUUCUUUAUAAUGUUUCAUCUUUAUAUUAUUUUUCUUAUUAUUAUUAUGUAUGAUUACCGAAAUUUAUUUAUUAUUUAUUAGGGUUAAGUUUGAGUAGCCUUAGGCUAGACUUCGCCUUUUUUUUCCAUUUGUAAUAUUUGUCAACCUAAUGUUUUUUUUUUGAAUAAAAGACGAUUAUUAUUAUUAUUAUUAUUAUUAUUAUCUGUAACCGACAGGCAAAAUCCUUGCAACAAAGAAAUUCAAGAAGUCCAAUAAUUUAUCUGAAGUUGGAGGAUUGAACAUAGUUUCUCAGUCAACUUCUAACUUGAACACUUCAAAUUCCUGUGGGCAGACCGCCAAGUUUAACAGCACCUGUUUGGAAUUUAUCCCCUCAACUAGCUCUGACCAUUCUAGACCUUGCCGUUCUAAAAUUGUGGAGAACUUAAAUCGAUCAAUUACAUUACAAGGUCGAGCUGAACUAAAUCUAAUUUCACCUGAAGUUCUUAGACCCUAUCCAAAAGCAAUGCCUCGGAAAUCAGUCCGAAGUAAAAAAAAGGAAAAAGUGCUGUUAUAACUGACACUCCCGAAAAAGAUGAACUUAUGAGAGCAUUUGAGGAAAAGGCGAAGAAACGAAAAACAAAUAUAGGCUCUCAAAAAGCAAAAGUAUCAGCAAAGAAAACCAAAAGUUGAUAAUGAUUAUGAUUCUGAUACUGAUAUAUCCUCGGAAAUAUCACUACACGAUGAGUCUCCGAUACCUGCUAACCUAGAAGAAUUGUGUGAAGAAAUGGUGGAAAAGAAUAAAGAUGAUUCAUGUGAUCGAGAAGAAGAAAGGGAAAAUUCGGUUUGUCCAAUCUGUCAAGGUGAAUAUCAAAACAGCAAAGAGGAAUGGCUCCAGUGCAAACUUUGCACGAAAUGGGCUCACAAUUCUCGUGGAGUUCUGGGGAAGUUACAUUUUUUCUGUUACAAAUGUUUUUAAAUUUUUAUACUGUAUUGUAAUCAGUUAAUUAUGAAAACCGUAUAAAAAUCGUCUAGUGUUUAUUUCAUGGGAACAACCGUCCGUUUCAUAGAAACCUGUUCAUGAACGGACACUUGGUAAACAAUAAAAAAAAUAAAAUUUAAACAUCUUAUCUUUUUAUAACUUUUAAGUGUAGAAAUAUAAAGCCUGAUUUUCUGACAAGUGUUGAUAUAAAUAUUUCAAUUCCUAAAUGAAUCGUUUAGCCGCUAGAGCCAUUCCAAUAAAAAUGUCCAGUUCAAGGGAACUCUCCCCUACACCCGGUGUAAACUAAAAAUAGACGUUUUAAGUGUUAAAGUUUUAAGUGUUAAGUGUGUGACUAUUAAGUGUUGUUAUCAAUUCCAAAAAAUAGUCUAUAUCGUUUGUAUCUUUUCUCAAAGAGACGUCUGACGAUGCCUAGUAUGGGAGAAACACGUGUAAUCCUUAGAAUUUAAUUUAAUAAAUUUGCGAGCUGUAAUUUACAAUUUAUUUCAUUACUAUAUAUUAUUUAUGUGUUGCUUGGGUCAAAAAUUGCUCCAAUUGUCUGAAACAACUUUAACUUUAAUUUCCCUAAUAAAAUCAUCGAACUGAAUUCAACUGCCUGGACGAAAACAUUUAUAGUUGUAAUUCAAAUCCAAAUAACUUAUUUGCCCAUAAAAAGGAAAGCAAUUCUAACUAAAAGCUAAUUGCAGAAGAAUCACAUAGUUUUCUUUAGAAAAAAAGGAUAGUAUCGCGAUUAGGUAUGCCAGGAGUGAUACAACCCUACUAUUACCACUUAUACUUGGAAAAUGUGAACCACGACUUCUGGAAAGAAUGCUCGAAAAUGCCAGAAAAAUAAUUUCAAUUUUCUCCAGAAGAAAUUUCAUUGUUUGCCCCAAACAUUAUUGAAAAGAAAAAUCAUGUUUGGUCAUUUGAAUAUUCACAAAAUGUACUGGAAUCUAUCAAAUGAUUCCAUUAUUUGAUCCAAAAAGGAUUUUAUCAUUCUUGCAAGCAGUUGAGUUCUAUCCUGAUUUUAUGCAGAGAUUCAAAGUCAAAUUUUAAGAGAGAGAGUUCUUUCAGGUCAGGUUGCCAAAGGCGCUACUAUACUCUUUAAUUUACCAUUUUGUAUAUUAUGAUAGGUAACCAAUAGUUCAAUCUAUUUGCAACACUAAUUAGUGUAUUUUGGUGAGUCUAAUAUAAUCUACAACUUUUUGUGGCCUUGAUCGAAGAAAUUAGUGCUUACCAUAGUUAUUUUUAAACAUUCUUCGACGGUAUGCCUUUAACAUUAUUGAGAGAACAAUUGUAUUUUGUAAUAAGCGUAUUAGAUAUUAGUGUCAAUUACAAUUGACUAAGCACAGCUAAUAAUUGGCUUUAAGUAAUUUUUGUAGUGGCAAUAGUACCUUAGAAAAAUUAUUUUAAUUGUCUAGUUAAUAGUAUGGAAUCCUGCGUUUAACAUAUGCAAACUUUAGUUUAUAAUAGUUUUUUUAUUCAAAUCCUACACUUUUAAUGCCAAGCUACUAAUCAUACUGCAGGUAAUGGAAAUACUUGUGAAAAUAUUGAUAUUAUAGUAAGAUAUAAGAAAUUGUCUUGUUUUGCAUUUGUUGUAUUUUACUUUAUUAAGUAGCUUUUUUGUCCUCUUAAAAAAACAAUUUUAAAUUAUACAAAUGACCUAAUUCCUUAUAUACUGACGUGUAUAUAUGUUAAUUUACCUUCGGUUUAGUCAGUUCAAUAAUGUUCAUUCCAGGCAUAUGUAUAUUUGUAUUUUUCACAUUUAAAAUGUACGUCCAGUUUGUUAUUUUGUAUUAGUGUUUUUUAUUGUUGUUAUAUUUUUUUAUAGUGUGUCACCGAUUAUAAGGUUUCUAAAUGGUCCGUACAACGCUUUAAUGGUAUAUUUACAAAAAAUCGAUUUCGCCUUAACCUAUGUAUAAAAGUAAAGUUGAAAAUUCGUGAAUUUAAUUGAACAAAAGUAAUUAUAAGUGUGACUUAUUUUCAAAUGUACUGAUAAAGCAUUGUGCAGACCAUGUCCUAAUAAAUUUAUUAUUAUUACAAGCUCUAA